AUGAAAUCUCCAUUUGGACACCUUACUAUCAAUCAGUGCACAGGACAGCUAAUUGCGUGCCUGUCAAAUGGGAUUUUUUACUUUGUCGCAUUUGUUGUUGAUUACCGUAGUAUUAUCACUUACUCUUUUGUAACUGGAAACAUUUCUUUAUGUUUGUUGGGAAUCAUCAUUGUGUCCUACUUUCUUAUGUCACUAAACAGACUUGUUGCUAUCACCCUACCUUUCCAAUACCGGUGGUUGUUUGGAAAGAGAUCCGUUCGUCUAUUAGUGUUUUCAAAUUGGAUGAUACCACUUCUUAUCAGUGCUUAUCUUAUGAUUAUUAAAGAUUGUAAGUUUGAAUUUGACCAUUAUGGUUGGACUUUUUCCACUAAUCAGAAUCGCGAGCUCUGUGGCCCGUCUCUUCGUUUAUAUCUGACUCUAAGUCAGAUGCCUGUUACAGUUCUUACAGUAUUCUGUGAUUUCAUAACUCUAUUAAUUUUGGUGAUCGGUAGAAAGCGAAUUUUUCAAUCCAAGUCAGCUGAAAUAAAACGGAGGGAGAUGAAUUUCGCGAGACAAGUGCUUGCACAAGGCGUUGUCUUGUUGGCUCAUAGUUUUUGGUAUAACCAGGGAAGAAAUCUGAUUCCGGGAUUCACUGAAGUCUGGCGAAUCUUUUUGACAUCCACUUUUUCGUCUAAUCUACUGCAUGUGUUUGAUGCAACGGUGGUGUUCACUUGCAACUUUGAAUUCAAAAAUUGGCUUUUUGGCGAAAAGAAGAAGCAGACGACUUUGCUCCUAGUUUCCACGAUUCAGGGAAGAAUUCAGGGAAGUCAUUGA